AUGAAGGGCGCCAGGUUCAGCUCCAUGCUGUUUGGCCCCGCCUACGGGCGCCUUGGCGGCACUAGCCACGCGCUCAUCCCGGCGCUCAUGGCUGGGGGCUUGCUGGGCCACCUGUCCACCAGCUCCGUGGGUCCCAUCGACGUAUCGUUUCUGCGCCGUCACUGGUACGGGAGCGGCUCUCGCCCCUUCUUUCUGGGCCUAUUUUUGGGCUUCGGCAUCGGAUACAUCGUGUACCCGUCGCUGUCGCCGUAUGUAUCCGCCUGGCUCGCCUAUGUGCGCGGAAUCGUCGCGCGUUUCAGCCGGCGUGGCGGGAAGGACGGCAACGGUACAGACACGCAGUAG